UUCAACUGGUUUAAUAUGGCUAAACAUUCUGCAGAUUCUAAAGAAAAUGAAAUUAUUCGGAGAAGAAGUUGGGCAGCCAUAGAUGAUUUAACAAAGAACCAUAUGCAUAGCUUAAGAAUUGAAAAACGACAACAAAGUGCAAGCUUAAGUAGUAUGGAAUCUGAGACAGAAGAUCCAUUUUCAAAUAGCACAGCAAAUUUAUUAACUACUGACAGUACGUCAUUUCGUUGCCACAAGUCAAAUAAAAAUGUUGGUCUAAUAAGUCGCAGGUUUAGUGAAACUUCUACACACUCACUUAAUGAGACUGACUAUCAGAAUGGUUUAAACAAAAUAAUCACCAAACGAGCUGUGGAAACUAGUUUAUUACAAGCCAGACUUCCUUUACAAAAAUCCGUUUCCAAACCAUCAAUUAUGGGUACAGGUGACAUUUUAAACAAAGAGGAUGAUUCAAAUAAUGGUGUCAAUAGUAUUCCAAUUAAAUUCAAACAUCCUACUCAACACGGAGGCUUUCAUAUUGGUACAGAAGACAGUGAGACUGAAGAAGAAUCAUUGGAUGUAGAUAGUACAAUGAAACGUUGUUAUACUACUCCUUCAUCUAAUAACACAAAUAUACCUUACAAUUUGUUUUCUGAUAUGUCUGAAGAUCAAAAUGCAAAAAGAAGAAAAAGAGGAAGUUUAUUUUUUAGAAAGAAAAAAGAUAAAUCAAAGAAAAUUCUUCAUUCCUGGAUGUCUCCACCAUACAGCAACUUUGAACAGUCAUGUGAUUGGUGUGCAAAACCUUUAGAAAAUAAACCAGCUUUAUCAUGUAAAAGUUGUUUGGUUACGGUUCACCAAAAUUCAUGUAAAGAUCAAGUUUCUGAAUGUGUUAAACAAAAAUAUGGAGAGUGUAAUUUGAGACAUUCAUCAUCCUCAUUCCACCAAAGAUUUUAUGGGAAACGCCAAAAUAAUGCUAAUCAGUCUUCGUUGCCAAACAGGUACACGGAUGAAGUUUCCUUGGUCCAAUUUGAAUUUUUGAAAGAAAAUCAUAUAACAGCUCACGACUUAGAAACUGAUCCUGCAUUGGGACUACACGAAGAACAACCUGAUUCAUGGACACCUACUGUUACCAAUGAAAUUUUGAAAAAAAUGAAAGAUAAAGAAAUAAAACGCCAAGAACAUAUUUAUGAAUUUGUGUUAACUGAAAAACAUCAUUGCCUUACUUUGAGACUCAUGCAGAAAGUAUUUGUUGAUGGUUUACAAAAACAUUUUCAACUUGGCGAUAAAGUUUAUCGCAUGUUCCCUAGAUUAGCUGAACUCACUGAAAUUCACAUUGGAUUUUUAAAAAGUCUGAAAGAAAAACAAUGUUCAGCCGCUAUCAAUAAUAAUGGUAUUAUAGAUUCCAUCGCAGAUUUACUAUUAGAUCAAUUUUCAAACAUAAAUGCUCAACGUUUAAAGAGCUCUUAUGGAGAAUUCUGUUCAAGACAUAGGGAUGCAUUGGAUGUUUAUAAAGUUUUAGAAAAAGAUCCAGCAUUUUUUAAUUUUAUCAAGCACUGUCAGGCCAAUCCUUUGUUGAAAAAAAAAGGUAUUCCUGAGUGUGUAUUAUUUGUCACUCAGAGACUAACUAAGUAUCCAUUACUCAUUGAACCUCUUAUAAAAACUUCAAAAGAAAACAAAAUCGAAUGCGAAAAACUUACUAGGGCAUUAAAAAUGAUUAAAGAUAUAUUGGUGGAAGUAGACUCUCAGGUAGCUGAAAAAGAAAAAGAAGAUAGAAAACUUGAAAUAUAUAAUCGGAUGGAAGCCAAGACUUUUACUAAUUUUAGAGGACGUAUAUUUAAUAAAUCUAAUUUGUUGUCUGAGAAUAGAAGACUAAGGUGAGUCUUGUUACAAAAUAUUUUUAUUAAGUUAUGAUAACACAAGGAAAUACAUUUUCAUGAAAAAUUCUUAGUUUUACUCAAUGAUUAACCCACAAAAAAAGAUGGUUAUCACUAAGG